GUCUGGUUGGAUUCGCAACGCUGAACUGUGUAGUUUAGUUUCAAUUCUUUAUUUUUCGGGAUUUAAGGCAGUUUAAACGAGUCAGAGUAUUUGUUAGCUUUAGUAGCUAUAGUUUUAGAGUCAGCUAUCGUAGCUAGCUGCAGCUGUCCGUCCGCCUUUCUGGAAGUCCUGUUUGGAUCAAAGCGGGCUGACAGAGGGCGGUUGUCCGGGAAAGCCCUCUCCUCACCGGCCAGGAUGCUCCUCAUCGUCCUGGUAUGCAGCCUGUUGUUGUCUGCUGCGGGUCAGCAGAUGGACGACGAGUGGCUGGACCCGUACGAUAUGCUGAACUACGACCCAGGGACCCAAAAGAUGCGGAAGCCCGCCGAGCAGGAAACCAGCUACAGUAACGUGGCCACCAAAAGAAGAGAAUACAUUCAGGGGGAGGCUGAACUCAACGCCUGCAACACGCAAGUAGCGGAUCUACAGAAACUGAUCGAAGACCAGAAGAAGACGAUCAAGCAGAUUGCACAGCAGCCUUCAUGCAAUCCGGUGUUCAAGAGGUUCCUGAGCAGACUCCUGAAGGAAAUACAAAGAGUUGGUUUGCCCACUGACUACUCAGACGUCUUCUAUGAUGCCAAAAUCAGACUGUCCAGACAGGCCAUGACGGAGAUCCAGACGCUCCUGGAGGGUGAAGACAGGUGGAGAACAGGAGCUCUGGACAACGCCCUCAGUCAGAUACUGGUGGACCUUAAACCGCACGACUACGAGGCCUGGAAGUGGCGUUUCGAAGACACCUUUGGCGUGGAGCUUGAUACGGUGUUAAAGAUCGGGCUGGGCGUUCUGAUCAUCGUGGCCAUCGUCUGCAGCCAGCUGUUGUCGAAGGUCUCCUGGCCCAAGCAGUUCAUCAGACUGUUUUUUGUCUGCUUCUUCGUCAGCAUCGUCUGGAACUGGUUCUAUCUGUACAAGAUUGCUUUUGCUGAGCACCAAAACAAUAUAGUGAAGAUGGACAGUUUCAAUGCUAAAUGCACCGGAGUGAAGAAAGUGGACUGGACUGACAGUCUGACAGAGUGGUACCGAAGCACCUGGACGCUUCAAGAUGACCCGUGUAAGAGAUAUUAUGAAGUCCUCAUGGUCAACCCCAUUCUGCUGGUGCCUCCAACCAAGGCGAUCGCAGUCACCAUCACCACCUUCAUCACAGAGCCGCUGAAGCACAUCGGUCAGGGAAUCAGCGAGUUUCUCCGAGCGCUCCUGAAAGACCUCCCGGUGACCCUGCAGAUCCCGGUCCUCCUCACCAUCGUGCUCGCCAUUCUGGUGUUCAUGUAUGGAAGCGUGCAGGCCGCCUUCCAGUACGGCAUCAUGGCUCCUCUGCGCCGCCCGCGAAGGGAUCCACCUCCUCCAGAGCUGGAGCAACGGCAGCCACGUUACCCGAGGAUCGAGGACCGUGAUGAGCUGGCGGGAGGGGACGCACCAGCACCAGCACCGGCACCAGCACCAGCACCAGCACCUGCACCUGCACCUCAACCGCAACAUGCACCUGCACCACAACGUCCACCAGCACCUCAACACGCACCACAACACCGAGCCAACGAUGCCAGGUUACACAGGAACAACGUGCAUCAGAGGCGACCCAACAGGCCCAGGAAAGAGCCGCCCCGAGUGGUUGUGGAGACGCUAAGAUCAGCCAACCCUCUGUACAGCGAGGACGAAACAGACGCAGCGAGGCGCGACGAAAGUCCCGCAUCGGAGCAGAAUCUCUCAGCUGGAUCAGAUUCAGAAAACCAGCAGGAGACACCGGAGGAGCUGGAAGGAGCGAGUGGUGGCGACGCCGCAGCUCAAACCAAACCGGAUUCAGCUCAACCGAAGAAUGAAACGCCGAAAGGGAAACUUUCUCCAGAUGAACCCAGCAGAGACGGCGCGGAGCAGAGACCUGAGCCAGCAGAGAGGCGGCCUUCACGACCCGAUGUUCAGCGUUGUGUUAAUGGGACGGGGAAAAUUCACAUGCGACGUAAAUUGGACCCGGAGGUUUCGGCUCAAGAGCCCGUCUCGCUGACGCACGUUGAAACCGUCGGCAUUUCUGUUCAGGAGACGUCUCCGGCGGUGGAGUAGACGAAGCGGAAAGACUGACGCCGGCAGUGUUUCCGGUGGACUGUGGUGCCAAAGUGGAGCGAACACAGCUGACGGACUGGUUUACAGACGUGGAUCACUGAGGAACCACCAGAGCGGCCGUCCUGCUGCUGCGUGGUCGACUGAAGCUGGUCUUGUUUGAGUGAAAUUUGUUCUUUGUCAGGAUGAAUUUUUGGUGCCGGAGCUACAAAGCGCAAAAUGUUUCGUCGACGACGCAGCAGCCGGAAUAAAACUGUUAUCAGGGAGAACGUACAAGUGAGAGGCAGCGCUGUUUACGGACUUUACUGCUGUUUGGGAGGGUUUUAGUGGCUUCCUGGUUUUACCAUAUCGAUCAUGGAAGGCCGAGUAAAACCUGGGAUCACAAGUUUCGACUUUAAAUUUUGAAUACAAACUAGUAUUUUGUAAUUUACAAGGGAGAAUGUGAUAUUUAUGCACUGUUCGGAUAUUUUUGUGGCUGUUAACUCUACACAGAGGGCUGGAAAAACUGAUACUGACGCCGGUUUUGCUGAAUGUCGGUAAACCCUCCUCGUAUUUUUUUAUGGCGAUCUGCGUGUAUGAAGCACUACAGUGCAAUACGUGUGAAUUUCAUACGUUUUUAAACCAGUCUGCACAAAAGAAUCAUUAAUUAAAGUCAUAAAUCAAUAAAAAUUAACAUCGUAAAGGGAUAUUGAGUCAGAAGAAUACUUUUUGACAAAAGCACAAAUUAUUACACGUCUUUUCCAGCAGCUUGAAUUGAUUAGAAGAAUUAAAUCUGCACUAAACCGUCUUUCCGCUCACUGGUUUGUGUUUUAGACCUGCAGCUUUGUAGGUGUUAAUGCUGCAUCAGGCUCUUAUUGCUUUUUUCACAGGGUCGGUGACGAGCUGCUGAUCCUGUCGCUGCAUUUAGCUGCUAAAGAGACAGAUGUUUACCUCAGGAGCUGAUGGAGAGCGAAGAGAAAAUAACUUAAAUGUUGGAGUUAGACUUUCCAGAAACCAAUAAUCAGCUCCUUCUCACUGUCCUCAUGUGUUUUACAGUUUGAAUUUGAGUUCAUUAUUCAAGUUAUUGACUGAACUAAUACAUAAACACUGCAGCUCAUGUUUAUAAAUCAAGUCUUAUGUCUGGGAUAUAAUUUCCACACUGCUGCACUGAUAAUGUGAACUCUGAAGGUACAAAACUGCUUUUUAAUGAAACCCUUUUUCAUUUGAUGCAUUAAUGAAUCUAUCAUUUGUUCAAUUUUUAAUAAAUUUGUCCCUUUUUUGUAUGGGGUAAUGCUAAGGAAGUUGUUUUUAUGAUAUAAAAUAAAUUUUGAAGAUAAAUGUC